UCCAAUAGCCCAAUCAAAGCCGAUGGGAUCUGCAUCGUCCAAAGGCAAAGCUGAACCAACUGAUGUUGGACGAGGAACAUCCAAAUCAUCUCAGUUCUCCGAAGAGCUGACGAGAAGCGAGCAUCAUCUUGAAACGAUAGUUCCAACAUCACCUGAGCCUGCAGACACAAAGGACGGAAGUCAUACUGAUGUCCUUACAAUACCUAGGCCAUUGACUCCACCAUCGACAGAGUCACCGUCAUGUGAACAUGCCUACCAAGUCAUAGAUGAUUUGGUAACGGAGACAGUAGCAAUUGCUCCAUCGACAUCAUCGACAGUGCCCGUCCCUUCAUUAGAGUCUGUAGCAGAGGGGACAAUGGGAGACUUAGCCCCACCACCAAUUGUGACAAACAUUGUCCAAGAAUUCAUUCCAGGACUUUCAGCAGACCAAAUACCCCAGCGUUCUGGGAACGUCUAUAUCAACGUCCAAGAGAUGGUCAUCAACAAUCCCCAAGGGAAUAAUCCUCAAGGAAAUAAUCCCCAAGGAAAUACUGUUGCCCCUACUCUUUUGAAGAGAGGAGCAAAACAGAUCAUUAAGCCAUUCAUUGGGCGUGAAGAGGACCACUAUGACUACCUUCGCAGCUCUUUUGGUGGUGAUGCUUUCCCUAGCUAUAUGCCCCAAUCCUCGCGACCAUACGAUCCAUAUCUUACCAAUCCACGAGACAGCUCUAUCUCCACGAGAAAGAGCAUCAAAGAAAAGACAAUGAUUAUAAGUCUCGACGAGUACAGCAUCAAGGUUUUACUUUCACCCGAAGAUCUGGACAAAGCCACAUAUAUCACAGCAGAAGCAUUGCCAAGUAUUCCACCUGACUUAAACCUGGAAAAAGACGAAGUUGUCAUCUCAGUUGGGCUUAAGCUUUCCCCUCCUGGUCUUCAGUUUAAAACCCCGGUGGAAGUCACGGUCUCACAUAGCGCUAUUUUCAGCAACCCAGACAAGGCAGAAAUUGUGCUCUACACCCGAAAGACUGGGUCUGAUGAAUUUUCAAGGAUAGUUCCUGCUUCUGACAAAGCUGCUCGGUGUGUAGUCGCAAAGAAUCACCUUACUCUGUACAUAGACCAUUUCUCGGAAUGGUGGAUUAUCUCCUUAAUCAGGAGAUACUUCAUCGGUAAGCGGCUCAUCUGUACGCCAUACGCUCCCCUGUCAACAUCUAGAGACAUGAUGAACAGAAUCUUGCUCAUCAUUAAAGACGACUUCUGGGGAGUGAAAGAGGAUACCAGACUAAACUUCAAGGUAGCCUUUCAAAGUGAGCAGUACUGCGUAUAUUGGGGACACGGACCCCUACUUGUCAGACAUCUGGAAAACAAAGACGAAGUUUCGACACAGGAACUUGAAGAAUGUGCUUUCUUUGACAUGAACACCCACACGAUGCCGUUCAUUCUUCAGCCAUAUGAAAAAGGAGUUCCCGGAAUUCUCGUCACUCUCAUCUUGAAGCAAAAAAUCACGAAGCGUAUCGCCUUCCAAGUACUGUACAACGCAUCUCAGCUUUCCGAAGAGCUGACGAGAAUUGAGCAUCAUCUUGAAACGAUAGUUCCAACAUCACCUGAGCCUGCAGACACAAAGGACGGAAGUCAUACUGAUGUCCUUACAAUACCUAGGCCAUUGACUCCACCAUCGACAGAGUCACCGUCAUGUGAACAUGCCUACCAAGUCAUAGAUGAUUUGGUAACGGAGACAGUAGCAAUUGCUCCAUCGACAUCAUCGACAGUGCCCGUCCGUUCAUUAGAGUCUGUAGCAGAGGGGACAAUGGGAGACUUAGCCCCACCACCAAUUGUGACAAACAUUGUCCAAGAAUUCAUUCCAGGACUUUCAGCAGACCAAAUACCCCAGCGUUCUGGAAACGUCAAUAUCUACGUCCGAGAGAUGGUCAUCAACAAUCCCCAAGGGAAUAAUCCUCAAGGAAAUAAUCCCCAAGGAAAUACUGUUGCCCCUACCCCUGUUCCUAUGGCUUCCAUAGUACCUCCUAGGCUUCAGCAUGAACUGCGUUGUCGGUUGAACAGAGAAAGCCCAGUUUACGAUGACUGGAGGGGUCUUGCCAAUCAGCUUGGACUUGAAGAAUACAUACAAUCACUCGAACAGUGCAAGAAUCCGACUGAAGAACUACUCGUACUUGCUGAGAGUCAAAAGAAGAUUCAGAACCUUGGGGACUUGGCCAAGGCGUUCGAACGCAUGAAUCGUGGGGAUUGCCAAGAGCUCUGCGAGAACUAUGCGUUUGAGGGAACAAAGUCAGCUGGUCCUCGGAAGGAUCAAAUGGAAGAUGAUGACAUAGACAGUAGUGAUUACUGGUAGGGAACAGGCUCAAUCUGUUCCAUAUCAAUGAUGGGCCUCUGAAAAAAACGGAAUCCCAGAAAAUACUGGGUGUGCACUUAAAAUCCGAUCUCAAGUGGGACAUUAAUUAUAACUGUGAUUAAGUUAUGAUAAAACAUCGAUAAUUCUCGGUUUCGUUUUUUCUGGGACGCACUGUAUAUUCGCUGCAUUUAAAUAGGAUUAUUACAUUGGUUGCUUUUACAGGAACGAAGUGAGAUUCUCUCUAGGUAUAUUCAUCGAUUUUAAGAAAGUAAUUUUGACACCAUUAAUCUUAAUAUACUACUAUCUCUAAUCUCUAUCAUCAUGGCAUUCGAGUUUAACCUUUUGCAUGGUUUAAGGACUAUCUUAGUAACAGACCCAGAUUGUUCAAUGUGGUCUAACGUUAUCUAUAAGGAAUAAUAUAAGAUGUGGUGUUCAACAAGGAUUAGUACUAGGGCCAACUCUGAUUUUAUCUAAAUAAAUGAUCUACCAUCAGUAACUGAUUGUUUCGAUUUGCGGCUGUUUUCCAAUGAUUCUAACAUAGUUCAUACUUUUCCAGCUGAUCAGGGCAAAAUUAAUAUGGAUGAAGUUUUUUAAAACACACAGAUAAAUUGGUGCAUUACAGGUAAUUAUCAGUAUGUUAUAUGUCAUGUAUUUCAGCAAUAUAAUUAUGUGCAAUAUUAACUGUCAUGAUGAUUGGCACAGCAGGUUCUUUCAUUCAUUAAUAUUUUGAUAUUGCAUGUACUGUUAUCCUACCUCUCACUCUCCCAUCCCUUUUCUCUAUUUGAACUUGCUACUUUUCAAA